AUGUCCGACUUUGAAGAGAAUGCAUUCAACGAUGGCGCCGAAAACUUUGACGACUUCGACCAGCCGGACCACUUCUCCGAAGAUGACUUCCAGGAACCAGAAGGAGAAGCCAAUGGUGAUGCUACCAUGAAGACAGCUGACGGCAAGACGAUUAUAAAUGGGGGCUUCGGCCCUGAUGAUGCAUCAGCAAACCAACCAAGACAAAAGACAGCUAAGGAAUUGGCUAUUCCAAAAGAAAAGAGAACCACAACCCCAUAUAUGACCAAAUAUGAGAGAGCUAGAGUGUUAGGUACAAGAGCUUUACAAAUCUCACUUAAUGCUCCAGUAUUGGUGGACAUCGAAGGUGAAACUGACCCAUUACAAAUUGCCAUGAAGGAGUUGGCCCAAAGAAAGAUACCCUUGGUCAUUAGAAGAUACUUACCCGACGGUUCAUACGAGGACUGGGGCUGUGAUGAGUUGAUUGUUGACCAUUGA